AAAACCCUCUAUUUAUUUAACACUUGUGAAAAAUCAAAUUUAAAAUUGAAAUGUUCUAAGUUCUGUUUGCCUUCUUUUAUAUUGCAGAACAAAGUCCAGUUCUUUGAAAAACGUGUCAGCAAUUACCUCCACAAUGUCAAAGCACAGGAGGAACGUGUAUCAGCUGUAACCUUUGCUCUGGGAUUUCUAGGCUCAAAUGCAGCAAAAAGAGCUCUUGAAAAUCCAAGGGAAGGAGUACAAACUGCUGGUAAUGGCUCAAUAGUAAUCCAAACAAAUCUUAUCAAUGAAGAAUCAAUUUCUGAAAACAAAGCAGUCAUUUUGGAAGCUCAAGAAGACCAAAUGACUAUAUAUCCCAAAGCGGUAACUGACAAUGCCAACAAAGGCCCUGUCGCUGUGGCUUUUAUAUCAUACAGUGGGCUGGGAUCAUUUCAAGCAGAAGGGAUUUUCUUGCAGAAUGACCCUCUGCCGAACAAUGAAGUGCUGGAAAACAUUCAUGUGAACUCCAGGGUAGUCAGUGCUUCCACCAGCAAUUUGAUGAGGAACAUUUUCAGCCCUGUCAACCUCACUUUUCAGCACCUUGAGGAUAAUAAAGAUCUACAGGAACAAGUUAUUUGUGUCCAUUGGGAUUCUGCAAGAGGGACUGGCACCUGGUCCUCUGCGGGAUGCCAUUAUCUAUAUUCUAACGCCACUCAUACAGAGUGCAGCUGUCAGUAUCUGUCCAAUUUUGCUGUGCUGAUGGCCACUACUCCUAUUCAGGGAAGUCGAAUACUCUACAUUAUUACGUACAUCGGAUUGAUCUCCUCAGUCAUCUGCCUCUUCCUGUCUGUUGUCACAUUUCUCAUUUGCCAUUCCAUCCAGAACAACAACACAUUCAUUCACAUACAGCUAAGCAUGUGUCUUUUCUUGGCUGAUCUCCUCUUCCUAAUUGGAAUACAGAAAACAGAUAAAAAGAUCCUGUGCUCUGUCAUAGCUGGAAUCCUGCACUAUCUUUUCCUGGCUUGUUUUGUGUGGAUGUUCUUGGAAGGUCUGAAUCUCUACUUCAUUGUCAGGAAUCUGAAAGUUGCCAAUUACAGGGGUGCCAGAAAGCAAAUGAAGAUAUCUAUGUACUUUUGUGGCUAUGGGCUCCCUGCUGUGAUAGUUGCCAUUGCUGCAGCAACUUUUCCUGAGGGCUAUGGGACUCGUGAACUCUGCUGGCUUAAAUUUGAAAAAGGUUUUGUUUGGAGCUUCACGGGACCUGUCUGUGCCAUAAUUGUAAUCAACUUGGUACUUCUCUGCCUGAUUCUGAUAAAUUUGCAUCAAAAAGUUGCAUCUCUCAAUAAAGAAGUAUCCACCUUCAGAAAUACCAGGGCACUGAUACUUAAGGCUUUGGCCCACGUGUUCAUCCUGGGUGUGUCAUGGUGCCUAGGUCUCUUUCUGUAUGGUCCACUGGCUACUGUUAUGGCUUGCCUGUUCACAAUCACCAACAGUGUUCAGGGGGUCUUCAUCUUUCUUGUUCACUGCUUGUUCAACAAAAAGGUAAGAGAAACAUACCUACGCUGGAUUUGCUGUAGCAGAAAUAUCAAGCUUCCUGUUUCUGAAAUGACUUUGCCAUCUGUUCCUGUUUCCAAUCCUACGAAAUUUCAACAAAACAGUAGUUCAAUGCAGCAACAGUCAGUGGAAUGGGGGAGCGAACCUUGAUGCAUUUUUUCUCCAUAUCAUUUAUCUCAUGCCCAAAUACAACAGAGUGAAACUGGACAGACUUCAGCCAUUUUUCAUAUAUUGGCAGUACUUUUUCGUCAUGCCUCACUGUGCUCUAAAGGAGAUUUUGAUUUCCAAGCAUUCCCGAUCAAUAGGAGCAUUUCCCCUUUAAUUUAAAAAUAGUGGAAAGUAUAUCUUCUCUUUCUCCAGCGUUGGGAAUCAGGUGACCCUCCAUUAAUUGAAUUUAACUAAUAACUACUUGCUUCUCUUCAACAAAGGAUAUGUAUAAGAGCCUAAAUCCAUUUACGUUACAUGUGUAUUUAAAGAAAAUCUUAUGAUGGAUGAUGCAUAGUUAUGGUCAAAUGAAGGGGCAUGGGGCUUCUAUUUUUAUUUCAAAGGUCAGUCCCUUUCAUUUAAUGAGCAAUUUAGCAACUCAGCCUGUCAGUUCUGAUUUGUCCAGGGCCAACAUACCGUUUGUGAGUCUACUUGGAGAUAUACUGUUUUCCACUCCACUCCAAAUGGCUGCAAUAUGAACAAACAUUCAAACUCACAUGCCAGCAUAUAGCACCCAUAACACCUGAACAUACCGGCACCUGAUUUUAUCUGAUUCCAAAUGUUAAGCAGUCAGACUUAGUUAGCAUUUGAGUGGGAGGCCACCAGGAAAUGUGGGAAAUCUUGGAGUAGGACAAAGGAAAACAAUACCUGAAACUCUGCUAGUCACAGUUUGUAGGGCAGAGAAGAAUGUACCAACAGUCUGAUUCAGUACAAGCAGCUUCCUAUAUUCUUUGUAUAUUACAUAAGUGACUUUUGAAGGAUGUCAUGGUUCAGUUUUUUAGAAUGUAAUAAAAGACAGAAGGGAGGAAUAUGGUUUCAUAUCAGCAAGACCAAAAUGAGAGUAGUAGGGACAGUCCUGUUUUCUGCUUGCACUCUUGUUUAGAUCAAAAUGUGAUUAUGUGCUAGGAGUACCUAAUUUUUUAUUAUUUUUCCCAAUGUGGCACUAUUAAGAUGCUUUAGACUUGAAAUCCUGUCAUCUACAGCUAUUGUGGUAAUGGCAAUAGCUUUUGCUUGAGGAUAGUUAGGAUUGUGGUUCAAUUCAUCUGAAUUAGUAAGCUUGCCAUAUAAUUCUCCCAUUCUGCACAGUAAAUAGUUAUUGGAAGGUAUAAAAAUAUGCUUCUGCUUUUUCAUAACUUAAACUGAAUCAGCUAACAUCUUGUUUCAUGAAAGAUGAGGAUAUAAAUCUGAUUCACUCAAUCACGAUUCACAUUGCACCAGUUCGUAGUCUCUUUCUUCUGACUACAUAUCCUCCCAAACCUACUUUUUAAGCAGUUUUGCCCUCUCAUCUGGUGCCCAAUAUAGCCAUUUUCAUGUUACAGAAGAGUUGGAGGAUGACUGUGGAGGUGUGCAGCUUUUUCCUGUUGCUGGAUGUGUGAGUAUAAGGUCUACAGGUCUGCCUACAGAGAAAGAACCAUUAGGAGACAGCCCAAAUCUGUGCAACACUUUGUCUAUGCUCAAAAAUUAAACCAUUGUUCACUCUCUUGCUUAGGAAAACAAAGAUUAGCCAAGAAAGGCUUCUUUUGGUGAAAUCUUUUAGCCAGCAUCUCUAUUAAAUUCCAUUAUUCACUAUUAAGUUUGGUUAAACUUCCUGAGCAAUUGAAAUGUUGAAUACCUUCACCAGACAAGGUUCUACCUCUCUGGGCAACGAGACCUGUAUUUGGCCAAAAAAUACAUUGCAGAAAAGAAAUGAAGCUGGUAGAAAACGUCACUUUUGGGACAAGAGUAAUUGACUUUUAAGUGGGUACUUGUCUUUGCUAACCCAUGUAACCUCAUGAAGUCCAGGUGGACACUCUCUGAAAAUGUUCCUUUGUUUUAGGGAAAUUCUGAUGUCAUACUUGGGCCUGAGAUGGUUUAAAAUGAAUUCCAAAAUCAUAGCAAUCUGUUCUUGGGUGGCAUCUACUGGAACACAGAAACUGAGCUACGGGCUCCCUUCUGGAGGGCACUUUCUAAGCUGAAAUCACUCUUUUAUACCUCUGAAUCCAUUAUUUUGGCCAGAAAACCACAUUAGUUUAUUUUCUUUCCCAAAAUCUGGGCUCUGGCAUAGAUUAUCUUAG